UCUCUUCACAAAGUAUGGAUUUGCAAAGAGUGGCUUUAGAAUGCUGCAAGGGUCCAUGUCACAGUUCACCCCAAGCAGCCCCAUUACUGAGGGUUCCGAUUUACGGCUGUUCCCAGGGACAGAUUCGGGGAAUAUUAUUAUAGGAGUUACUUAGCCAGUGCUUUCAUUUUCUAUAUAAUAGUUAUAUCGAGUUUCGACAAGGGGUGGGGGAAGGGGAGGUCACGUUCACCACUGCUUUAACUUAUCUUAAGGUUAAGGCAAUGUUUGAAAAAUGCUGAUUGUUACUUUGGGAACAACGGUCACAAUGCCUAAAUUACUUUUAGUCAGAUUUCAAACAUGUCCCAAAAUAUCCUACCCAUGAGCUGAUCGAUUUGAAUGUAAAAGAUGGAUUUUAACCCAUUGCAUUGCUAAUAAUUUUGCUAUUGUCGAUAAUAUGACCGAUUCCUUAAUGUUUAUUACAUGCCCGGCUUCUGGUGUCGAUUUUUCCUGAAAUGCUUGUCGUCACCACAGGUUACCAAGCUGUAGAGUUGCGUUUAAUUAGAAAAAAAAGCACUAUUUUAAAUUGUAAAGGCGAGUCGGGGACGCGGAGUGUGGGGAUUGACGGUCGAGUGACCCUUUGUGGACUUGUGGCUAUGUCUCUGGCACACUUGCCCUUUCAAGCGUCCGGUGGAGCACGAAUCCAUUCAUAUAAAAUAGCAGAUGAACAAAGCGCAGAGAGGCGCCGGCAUCAGUUUCGGCGCUGACGAGAACGGGCAGCAUUUGAUCGCCUGGGAAAUGCUGCGCAAACCCUAUUGUCCACAUUGCUCCCUCCCCCCCCAUCACAUCUACCCUCCCACUCGCUGUGUGUGUGCUUUACAGGAAGGGGGGGUUAGUGUUCAUCUUCUCUGGCACCGGUGGGAAGCGCUUCUGCUUUAGUGCACAGGCGAUGGAACCGGCGACAGCUCGGCAGCCCGACAGCUCCAGCCGCCCGCUGUCGCUCGCUUAAGCGGAGAGCCGCCGGUGUCUACCCACCCUCCCACCCGCCAUGAGCGGCCAGUCGGCCCGUCUGCUUGCACCUCGCCGCUUGUCGCUCAGUGCCCCGGUGCUGGGCACACACCGGCUCCAGCCCCCAACCCAGCGCUCGCUGCUCGCCACCGCCACCGCCACCGCCGCCGCCGGACAGCGCUGACACAGUUGUUUGUGGGGAAGAGCAGACCCAGACCGUGGAUCGCGGCUGUGGGAGGCAGGAGGAAAGGUCGAGAGGAUGUCUUCGGGCAGCUCGCAGCCGGCAGGUGCCGCUCAGCCCCGCGGCCCGGAGUCCCGAAGUUUGCCCGAGUUGAACGAUGCGUGUGACUGGAUCCCGGGAGCCGAGGCAGCGGAGCCGGCAGCAGAUGCCAGGGGCGCCCGUCUGGCCGCCUUCACCGGCGGCUGGACAUCACCGGGGGCGGUGGGGCCGGAGGAAAGCCGGUGUCGGUGGCCGGUGCUCGGCGAUUCUCGCUGCUUCCUGGCGUGCAUGUGUUGCCUGACCUUCAUCCAGUCGCUCAUGGUGUCCGGCUACCUCAGCAGCGUCAUCACCACCAUAGAGAAACGCUACAACCUGAAGAGCUCCGAGUCCGGGCUCCUCGUCAGCUGCUUCGACAUCGGCAGCCUGCUGGUGGUGGUCUUCAUCAGCUACUUCGGGGGUCGGGGCCGCAGACCCCGAUGGCUGGCGGUGGGCGGCUUUCUCAUCGCGAUCGGAGCCGCUCUCUUCACUCUCCCUCACUUCAUAUCUCCUCCUUACGAGGUCCAGGAGCUGAACACGACCUCGUCCGGACAAGGGUUGUGCAGCGCCAGCAACAGCACCAGAGACUCUGAGUCCGGCUGUGCGGGGAGAGACUCCUCUGGCCAGCAGCACUCGCUCUAUGUGGCUCUAUUCGUCUGCGCUCAGCUGCUCAUCGGGGUGGGCUCGACCCCCAUCUACACGCUGGGCCCCACAUAUCUGGACGACAACGUGAAAGCCGAGAACGCAUCCCUCUACUUGGCUAUAAUGUAUGUAAUGGGAGCAUUGGGCCCUGCAGCAGGAUACCUCCUUGGCGGUGUAUUGAUUGGCUUCUAUGUAGAUCCCCGGGGCAUAGUUCAGAUUGAUCAGAGUGAUCCACGCUUCAUUGGAAAUUGGUGGAGUGGAUUUUUGCUUUGUGCGAUCACCAUGCUCCUUGUUAUAGUGCCAAUGUUUACUUUCCCUCAAAAAUUACCACCUCGGCAAAGGAUGAAGAAGAAAAUGGUCUUAAAUGAUCUAAAGAGCGACGAUGAGAUGAUAAAAGGGAAAGCAGAGAGCAGAGACUACAGAAAAAGUACCGUGACUUCAUCGAUGGGCUUUGGAAAGGACAUUAAAGACAUUCCCAAAGCAGCUGUCAGGAUCUUGAGCAACAUGACAUUCCUGUUUGUGAGCUUGUCAUACACUGCAGAAAGUGCCAUCGUCACCGCUUUUAUUACCUUCAUUCCCAAGUUUAUUGAAUCUCAGUUUGGCAUCCCAGCAUCUAAUGCAAGCAUUUACACUGGUGUGGUCAUUGUCCCCAGUGCUGGUGUUGGCAUUAUCCUAGGGGGCUACAUUAUUAAAAAACUCAAGCUUGGUGCCCGAGAAUCAGCUAAACUUGCUAUGAUAUGCAGUGGAGUUUCUUUGUUGUGCUUCUCCACACUCUUCAUUGUUGGCUGUGAAAGCAUUAACCUUGGGGGCAUCAAUAUACCAUACACCACAGGCCCUUCACUUACAAUGGCGCAUAGAAACCUAACCGGUGACUGCAAUGUUAACUGUGGGUGCAGAAUCCAUGACUACGAACCUGUCUGUGGAUCAGAUGGGAUUACUUACUUCAGUCCUUGUUUGGCUGGCUGCUCGAUCCUCGUCAAUGAAAGCACAAGGAUGAGGAACUACACUGACUGUACCUGUGUUCAAAGUCGGCAGGUGAUAACCCCGCCUACAACAGGGCAGAAAAACCAGCUCCGGCUGGUUAUUGUGAAAACAUACCUGAAUGAGAAUGGGUAUGCAGUGUCUGGCAAGUGUGAGCGGACAUGCAACACACUCAUCCCUUUUCUAAUAUUUCUCUUCGUCGUCACACUAAUUACAGCUUGUGCACAGCCAUCGGUUAUCAUCGUAACACUCAGGUCUGUAGAAGAUCAGGAGAGACCUUUUGCGCUGGGUAUGCAAUUUGUUCUCUUACGAACUCUUGCUUACAUUCCAACUCCAAUUUACUUCGGAGCUGUGAUUGACACAACUUGCAUGCUUUGGCAACAGGACUGUGGCAUCGUCGGCUCCUGCUGGGAAUAUGAUGUGACUUCCUUCAGAUUUGUUUACUUUGGACUGGCAGCGGGCCUCAAGUUUGCCGGUUUUAUCUUUAUCUUCUUUGCCUGGCACUCAAUCAAGCAUAAAGAAAACCAUUUGCAAAGUUGGAGACAGAGAGCCUCACCCAUAAGCACUGUCAGUGAACUGGUCAGCAACCCAGGGUCCCACCACAACUAUGCACAGACUCGAUCGUGCCCUGCCUUUCAAAUACGAGCUGAACACAGUGAAUAUCUACGACAGUCUGGAACAGUCCAAUAUGUAGCAUAGAACAUUCCCUGGAAGAUCCAAGGAAACAGUUACAAUGGACAAUAUGAUGGUUCAUUAUUGGUGAAUUCAUAAAUGUGUUGUCGUAGAGAUUUAGUUGUCAAAAAAAGUACAUAGUUCUGAAGUUUAGUUCUUUGGCAAAAGUACCCUUUGGAAAGUUUCUCCAGGUAAACAACUAAACCUGUGCCUUUUUAAUUUAACAAGUGACACCCACUGAGUAUAAGAAACAGAUUAUCAUAUGAACUCUGGCACACUGGAGGGCUGGAUACCUCAAUGUGAUUAAAAUUCUAAGAAAACCUGCUUCAUUUUUAAUCUUGUAGAGUGACCAUUCGAGCCAAUUUAAAAGAUGUUUUUUUGAAUGAAAUCGAAACAAGGUAACAAACUUCCAUAUCAAUUUUAUAAAAUAAAUUGUGUUUUAACCUGUCCGAGGUGAUACAUUAAAAAGCUCUCCCUGUUCCAAGAUCCAAACGGAGCAUUUAUAACAUAGACAAUAGGUGCAGGAGUAGGCCAUUCGGCCCUUCGAGCCAGCACAGCCAUUCAAUGUGAUCAUGGCUGAUCAUCCACAAUCAGUACCCCAUUCCUGCCUCCCCAUAUCCCUUCACUCCUCUAUCUUUAAGAGAUCUAUCUAACUCUCUCUUGAUAGUGUUGAGGUAAAACUGAGGUCUCUCUACUUAACAUGAUCUGCCAGCCUGCUACCUUCAUGAUGACUUCCAUAGGGAGCAAUCAGGCAGCAGGUUUAAAAUCUAACCCACUAUUUCCAAUUUCGCCUAAUACAUUGUGUGCAAAUGGGCACCUUUGAACAUACAUAUUUAAAAUCUCAUGAAACAUAUUGCAAGACAGUAAAUUCUAGCACUUUGUAGCAGUGAGUUAAAAAUAUUGCAAAGGUUGGAAAACUGAAUCAGAUUUUGACCAACAGUUUUCAGACUUAUGCUGUUUUCUGUUUCUGUUUGCUGUAACAUCAACAUGCUUGUACCAUUACCACUGACAGGAUGAGCAGGAGACUUAUGCCCCUCUCCCACUCUUUUUUAGGCGACUAGGCUGUCACCACAUGGUCGCUGGGGUAUCGUCUGCAUGGUCUCCACAGUCGCCUAAAGAGUCGUUCGUACCUUUUUUCUGGUCACUGCUGGAUUUUGAAAUGUUCAAAGCUUUUCGGCAACAGUUGUCAUCCAUGGGUUGACGCCAAUGAUCGUAGCCUGACAUAGGUGCUGUCACCAGGAUGAUGUAGGUUGUUGCCAGGAUGAUGUAGGUUGUCGCUGGUGCUGAAUUUGAUGAAUUCCAUUGGCGACUACCUACGUCAACCGGCGACAGAUACUGGCGACUGAACUGUCUUACCUUGUCGUAGUUUGUCACGGGUGGACGUAGGUUGUCGUAGGUGUAGUUGUAGGUGGACGUCCUAAUGGUCGCUGAUUGUCAGUAGCUUGAAGUAGCUUGAUGUCGACUAGGAGGUACGUUGUUGUAAACAUUGUCGUAGACAUUGUCGUAGGGGGGUCCAGUCGCCGGUUUUUCGGCGACCAUCUACGACUAUGACAGUCGCCGAAAAAAUCGCCUAAGUGGGACAGGCCCAUUAGAUUCUAGAGGUUCGAGUGUUUACCAGUAGGUGGCAGUAAUAACCUAAUUCAGAAAAGCUUCAUCUAUGCUCAAAAUACACUCAAGCUUUUCAUCUUGUACAUUAACAUCAAUGCAGCAGCAACUAGUAUUGCUGUCACUCCCUGCUGGGAAUGGUUGUAAAAAGAAUUACAAACAAAGAUAGUUGUAAACAACAAAUUUAUCCAUAUCUGUGAAGAUGAAAGAUAAAUAAAUUUUCAGCUGCAGGUUUCCAAAUUCUGAAAUGCUAGUCUCUUUCAGAUCCUGACAGACCUUGUAUCUUGAACAUCUCUCUAUGUUUCAGAUCAGUAAAUACUGUGAUCUGUAGGAUGUCAGCUGGUUAUUUAGCAUGGGACAAAGUAAAGGAUAGUACCAGUUAAAGUAAUUGGAAAUGACUGUUUAAUGUUAAGCUGUUGCUGGUCUGAUGCACGCGUAUCUCCACCGUACUAAUGUGUGUAAUCCAACGUAUUGAUACUGAGUGCCAAAUGUUAUUGCUGCACAGCUAUGGAGGCUGAAGGGUCCAGUGACACCCAGCAAACUCACUUGUUUCUGCAGCACGUUGAUCUGUUACUUUGUAACUAAGCUAGUGCAAUAACCUCUUUCUUUUGGCUUUUCUCCAUUGAUUAGAUUGAGCAUAUUGAGCAUGAUUCAGUUUCAACUCCAUCAGUUGCAGACAUAACAUUUGAUGGAUUACGGAGUUGGGUGCACAGAAAAUGCAGGAUGCAGAACUCAGGAUGCCUCUUAACUUAUGAUGAGCGUCCAAUGCUCAGAGAAGCAUGAUAAUUAUUGCCACUGGGAAAAGGAAGGCUGCCAGUAAGUCCAAGGAGGCCUGACUGAAGCUAAUCACAGGAUUGGGCAGCAGCAGCAUGGUUUCCUGCCACUGGAUUUGAUACCGAGAAGAACAUAGAACAGUACAAGACAGGAAAAGGCCAUUCAGCCCACAAUCUCCGUGCCGAACAUAAUGCCAAAACAGACUAAUCUCACUUCCCUACACAUGAUCCAUAUCCCACCAUUCCCAGCUUAUCCACGUGCCUAUCUGGAACCUCUCAAAUGUCACUAUUGUAUCUGCCUCCACCACCACCCCUGGCAGCACGUUCCAAGCACUCACCACACUCAGUGUAAAAAAAAACUUGCUCUACAUGUUUCUUUUAAACUUUCCCCUUCUCACCUUAAAGCUAUGCUCUCUAGUCUUUGAUAUUCCACUCUGGGAAAAGAGGUUUUGACCAUUUAUCCUAUCUAUGCCUUUGAGUUCACAUCAGAUCAGGAAAGGUGAGCACAGUGGUUCAUGAACCUUCAACCCUAUGUGGUUUUACGGUAGUUCUUACUAUGCCCAUAAAUUUACUCCCAUCCCUCCUCUCCCCAUUGCACAAAAUUACCUUGAAUAUGCGCCCAUUACUUCCUCACGUCUCAAUUGUGCAGCUACUGUUGACAGUGAGCCCCACCUUUGUGCAAAGUCUAGCUUUUCCCACGCCGGCACCCCCAUCAUUCAUGCAGCCAAUACCGUCCGCGAAUCUCACGGAUCAAAUCUCUUCAUUCCCUCUUUGCAAAAGACAAAGUGGAACAGCAGGAAGAGGGAGAGAACCAGAGAUGGCCUCAGCAUCACUCGCCUUUUCCAUCUGCAGUGAUGCAGAUGUCAGAAUGAUUGUCAAUUAGAGAUGUGCAGAUGGGGCCUCUCGGUUGCCUGAUGCUAGGCGGCAGUUUUAUUCAGCCAUGUAACAUACUACCUGAAUUAGCGGUAAAUAAUAAAUGUUCAUUGCUGAGACAGGAGCAGUAGAAUAACCAGAUGCUUAGAAGGGAGGUUCCGUGUGCAUCAGACUUUAUGUAUGGGUGACAAAGCUUGUGGAAGGUUCAGGGAGGCUGGGGUGGGAAUGGUGUGCCCUGGAUAUCUGAGAAAGCUAGAUGACUUUAGAGAUCCUUCUACAGUCUGAAGAAGGGUCUUGACCCAAAACGUCACCCAUUCCUUCUCUUCAGAGAUGCUGCUGAGUUACUCCAGCAUUUUGUGGCUACCCCCACAUGUAUAUGCCAGGGAUCACAAGAUCACAGGAGACCAAAAAUGGACAACACAAUAACAUCAGAUGUUGAUCCCUGAUGAGUCCAUUCUGCAUCUAUGAAAGAGCUGUGUUUAAUUCUAAAGUAACAACAGGUGCUGGAAAUAUUCAGCAGAUCCAGCAGCAUCUGGAGGGAGAGAGAUAGUUCCGAUGGAGCUUUAGAGCUAUAAAACAUGGAAAUAAGUCCAAGGGCCCAAUGUAUGCAUAAUAUAAUGAUGUUUCUGAGCUGUUCCAUCAGUAAUACAUUUAGCAGAAUAUUUUCACACCAAUCAUGAGGUAUUUACUCAGCUCAACUAAAUGACACUAUGAUUUCAUAAAAUGUCUGCCAAUAUUUUUGUCACCUCAAAUUAUUUUUUUAAGCUUAAAGCACCACAGAAAUAAUCCUUUCAGCUCACAAAGCCUGUGCCAGGCAUCAACCUCCCAUUUACACAAACUUUACAACUGGAAAUUCCCAUAAAGCUCCAAACAAAGUCAUUUUCAGGGAGCGAUUUACGCCUGUUGUCAACAAACAUGAUAUCACCCCCCAUUUGUUUGUAGCCUCCUGCAGAUGACACGGUUGUGCUGAAAAAUAGACAAUAUGGGGUAGACACUUCUCUCACUCCAGUGUCCUAACAAUAGCAUAGCAAAAUAGUUCAUAGCAAAAGGAUUUGAGUAUAGGAGCAGGGAGGUUCUACUGCAGUUGUACAGGGUCUUGGAGUAUUGCGUACAGUUUUGGUCUCCUAAUCUGAGGAAAGACAUUCUUGCCAAAGAGGGAGUACAGAGAAGGUUCACCAGACUGAUUCCUGGGAUGUCAGGACUUUCAUAUGAAGAAAGACUGGAUAGACUUGGUUUGUACUCGCUAGAAUUUAGAAGAUUGAGGGGGGGAUCUUAUAGAAACUUACAAAAUUCUUAAGGAGUUGGACAGGCUAGAUGCAGGAAGAUUGUUCCCGAUGUUGGGGAAGUCCAGAACAAGGGGUCACAGUUUAAGGAUAGGGAGGAAAUCUUUUAGGACCGAGAUGAGGAAAACAUUUUUCACACAGAGAGUGGUGAAUCUCUGGAAUUCUCUGCCACAGAAGGUAGUUGAGGCCAGUUCAUUGGCUAUAUUUAAGAGGGAGUUAAAUGUGGCCCUUGUGGCUAAAGGGAUCAGGGGGUAUGGAGAGAAGGCAGGUACAGGAUACUGAGUUGGAUGAUCAGCCAUGAUCAUAUUGAAUGGCGGUGCAGACUUGAAGAGCCGAAUGGCCUACUCCUGCACCUAUUUUCUAUGUUUCUAACCAGCAAAGCAAUUAAUCUCAUCAACAACCCCACCAGAUUCUACCACUCACCACACUGGAGGCAAUUCACAGUGGCCAAUUAAUCUACCAAUUUGCACGUCUUCAGGAUGUGGGUGGAAACAGGAGCGCCCGGGGUCACAGGAAGAAUGCGUAAACCCCAGGUCAAGUUUGAACCCAUGUCACUUGCGUCGGAAGGCAGUGUCUCCACAAGCUGUACCACACCACAGUGUGACAUAAUGUGAUAAUGUAUUUUAAUACAAUUCAUCUUGUGACAAGUUGAAAAACAAAGUCUGUCACAACUUUUAUCAUGAAAUCUGUUUCCUCAAAUAUAAAAAUGUGAAAUCAUAAUUUCAGUUUCUAAUAUACAUUUUUAAUAUUACAUGACAGGAUGUAUUUAAUAACAGCAACCUGAACUUGGAGCCUGGUGGAUUAUUCACUGUCCUCCGUCCAAACACUGGCCUUAAUUCCUAGGGCUAGUAUUAAACAUUGGUUAUGUUAGUAGAUACACUUCAACACAGAUGUCAAGGUGCUGACUUUAAAUCGUUUAGCUUCUUUAAGUAAUGAAAGUCACAGGGGUAUAGUAAGCUUUCAUCAGCUAGUUUUGCAAAAUCAAUUGCUAAAUUUAGAUCAGGAUGAGUAGUUUUUAUUCACUUAUACUGAAAACACAACAUACUCAAGAUACCUUUAAAAAGGCUUUCAAUUCUAUUAAAAGCAAUUACUGAAAUUAAGUGACUUGUUUUUCAUGUAUGAGAAUGAAAAUGUAAUGCCGAAAUGCAGGGACAGCUAUGUUUGACCUCCUUUCCAGCUACUUCAUUGAAGUAUUGGUGAACAUAUUUAAGUACUUUGUUGUGUUUUGUGACUUAUUAAUAAUGACUUGAUUUUUAACUUGAACACAGAGCAAAUAGAAUAGUAUUUGAUAAGAACACAUAUUGCACUUAAUAGCUGAAAAAACAAUUGGAUUGAAAUGUGAUAUAUUUGCAAUGCUUUAUUUUAUAAUUGCAAACCUUUUGUUAUUAUGUACAAUAUAACUGAGACAAACUCAAUAUUUCUUGCUUAUUUAUCACUGUUCCAGGUAUAUGCACAUCUUAAACCUGGUUUGCAUCUUGAUAGGUUGUCUGGACAGGUCAUGCCUUUUGCACAGAUUUUACUUGAUCAUAAAUCUCACUCAAAUUCAUUGAAGUACUUUGCAUUAGGGUAUUUAACUAAUAUGUUCACGUUGGCAUAGAUUCUAAAAGCCGGAGAUACUUUUCAUAUUCAUGCAGUUUAGAUCUUACCGGUAGGUACUGUAGAGGAUAGUCAGAUCUAAUUUUCUUUUGUGGGGGAGGGGCUAAGGCAAACAGGUCUACUCUGAUUGCAAAGACGUCUUGACAUUGCCAUUUGUACUCAGUUGUUUGGAUUAGUCAUGCAAUACUGUAGCAACUGUGUGUUGUGCUGCUUCAGAAUCUGCUUCUAUUGAAAUUAACAACUCAGCCAAAUUUCAGAUCUAGAGUAAAAUAUAAUGCAUUGAGACAAAAGAUUGAGGACAGAUUUCUACCACAUUGCUAUAUUAUUGCAGCUUUGUAGUCUGAACUCAUGUGGCUAUGAAUCUUCGAUUUAUACAUUUCCUUUCUCAUUGCUCUUGUCUACAAAUUUGGAUUUGAGUGUGUGUGUUUCUGUCCGCAUAACCUGAUGCUCAGGCUAUAUGUAAUAAUGGACAUAUAUAUUACAUUUUACUCACGUCAGAUUUAAACUAUUUGAUCCUACGCUUUAUAUUCAUUGUGUAUAAAUACUGUAUUUCAAAAUCAAAUAAUCAAAAUACGAUGACAUAACUACACUUAAUUGCAAAUCCUAAUGCUGUUGUAUUUAUACUGUGUGUGUGGAGGCAAAUGACUGACCUAAAAUUCACAGAAAUCCAUUGAGUUACUGGCGUUUAUUUAUCCAUAUUUAAAGAGUGAUGGGUUGCAUUUUGAUAAAACACUGAAUUUGGUGGAAAUCUACAUUUGAUAUCAGGAUCUAAACUAAAAGGUUGAGCAGUUGGGGCUGCGGUAAAAGGGCAGCUGAAGACAACUGAUUCCUUCAGCUGACUAUUACUACAAGUUAUCCUGUUCUUCACAUGGCCAUUUGACAUUCAGUUGGGCCACAUUUAUGGCUGUGAUUUAGAGGAACAUGGUCUGACAAGAAAACGAGUUGUAAUCAUUUACAGAAAGAAACUUGGCCAAUGGCCAUGGGCUUCAUUAUAUAUGUAGGACUAACUCUGCCAGCAAUUCUACAGUAGUUAUUUUUCUGGUUACAUAUUUGUUCUUGCCAGAUUGUCUCUGAUGACAUUAUGCUUAUCCUUCCACACAGAAUGUGUGGAAUCCCUGCUGAGAUUUGAUCCUCUCAGGUAACUCCUUGGUUGAAUGGGUGUUGACAGGGAAUGAUGGCAAGUUGCUCAACCAGCCGGGCCUCCGAAGCUGAGGCCAUACCCCAUCCUGACACACUUAACAUUUCCGCCAGGAUCUCCGGACAGCAACCUGAACUUGGAACCUGGUGUCUUCAGUCCAAACACUGUAGUAUCUUUACAGCUGGCUAAGACCAGCUACUCAAGCACACUCUUCAAGCCUCAGCGACUACAUGGUUGAAAGUAAGUUUCAUUGAGUACAGGUAAAUUAAAUUCCUACGUUAUUUUGGGGGUAGGUAUUUUUAACUAAUCUGAUACCUCUAGCAGCAGAGGCCAUCUCCUCCAUCCAUAGAUGAGAACUUUCAAUGAAACCAGGAGUCGACCUGUACUUUUCUAAACUGUAUUUAUAAGCUAUUGCAUCAAUUGUGUUGGAUGUAUAAGGGGUUGCGUGUGAUAAGAAGUCAUUUGAGGUCCUUUUAUUUUUGGAACAUACUCAAUAUUUGAGUUUUCUAAAUAAUUGGUCAUUUGUAUUUAUUUCAGAUGUAGUAAUAAUGACAGUAUUGUAAAGCCGUGAAAUGCUUUCUUUUUAUCAGGAAUGCCAGUAAUCAUUAUGAUUGUUAACAACCUGUUUACAAUAAAUGCUUGAUACACUGUCAAUAAUAAAAGUCCAUGCAGAUGACAUAAUAUUGUCCAUGUUUGAUUUGAUCGAAUGGAAAUAAGCAGUUGGGGACACGAUGUGAUGUAUUUGAUGUAUGAUUAACAUACUAUUAACCAUAUAACCAUUUAACUAUUACAGUACAGAAACAGGCCAUCUCGGCCCUUCUAGUCCGUGCCGAACACUUAUUCUCACCUAGUCCCAUCUACCUGCACUCAGACCAUAACCCUCCAUUCCUUUCCCGUCCAUAUACCUAUUGGAUCUGAAUAUACCUGGAAACAUUGAUGCAAUAUUUAUAAGACAAGCUUCUUCUAGUUUUUGACUUCUAGCAGUUCAUGGAAAAGGUACAACCCUCAAAAAUCUUGUGGCAUGAUUUUAUAGACAAGCAGCAGAGUUUACUGGUCCAUAUUUAACCUUUAGCUAACAUGGAACUGAUUAGCCUAGCUUGGAAAUCUUGAGAGAAGUAGCUUCCCAUACAUUUACAUGACCUUGAAUUUAAUACCAUCCAUUUCGAUCCGUGGUGUUUAGCGAGCGAUGGCAACAAAUAGCCCGAUUAAGCAAUCUAAUUGAAAAAUUCUCACGGCAAAGCAGGAAGUAAAAUGAAUGGAUUGCAAUUCACUUUUAAAUCCGUUUUCAGUAAGUCAAAUAAAUAUUGGCGCAUAAGCAUGGGGUUAAGGUAGAGACUUAAAUAUUAACAAACUUGUAAAACAAUCAUUUUCAAAAUUAUUGAUUUUUAACUGAUUCUGGGGGAUCGCAUUCCGACAUUGCAGUUAAGGUGUAUUGUAUGUGGUAAAAAUAUUGCAUGUGGUAAAAAAAAGUGUUGGGAUUAAAUUAGCAAAUACUGCAAAAAUGUACAAGCUCAGUUAAAAUCUGUAGAAGACAGACAGGCUAAGGCAUUUUGGCAAAAUGGUAAGAUUUACCACCAAGGAAAUAGUGAUCCAUUAUCAACGUUACACCACCGUCCUUUCUUGCUAUAUUGCAAACAAGCCUUCUGAGCAGAUCUUGGUGAUUGACUUUUGAAGAGGAAUCUUUUUGUUUAUUGAAACUGGGAAGUUUGCGAUUUGCCAUCCAGAUUCUCAAUGUGCCUGGUACACUAAAACAUUGUUGUGGCUGUAUACUAACCAGUGGCUUUCAACAACAUGUGUGUCAGGCAUGCUUCAUUGUAAAUUAUAGACAGCCUGACCAAGCAAGGAACACCCCAUGGAGUCUGGUGUUGUGAACUGCUCUAGGUACCUCUGUCCUCAAUUUUACUGCAUUUUAGGCCACCAGACCCCACCCUUCCAACACUCCCCUAUGCGAGGUCAUCCCCCACAACAAUCAUCCCAUAUUUCACUGACUUAACACUUGACCUCUCGCUCUUCAGCCAGUGGAUAAUGGAUGAUCAUCCCUCCCCCCUGUGGGCCCAUCUCCUGAGGCUCUGCCAUGCAAAUGACAUAUCACCUAGAAAUGUGACCAACCUGCUUUGCUCAAUCCAAAUUUUCCAGCCUUGGGGAAAAUUUGCCGUGGAAUGUCACAGACACGCCAUUUAAUGCACCAUUCCUGAUAAUGAAACAUUUCUAGGCCUUAUUAUGUUUUUUAAAUUUUACUACCAUCUUUGUCAAAUGUUCUCCUCGCCUAAUAAAGUUAAUGGGUUAACAUUUAAAACUGGUAGAACUUAAACCACUGCAUGCAAAUGAAUCAUUGGCUCUCAAAUGAUUGGGUUCAUAUUUUAAUCCACACAUACAAAUAGUUUUUAAUGCAUUUUCUAAUUCUUAUUGAAGAGGAAGGAUUGUAAAUUCCAUUUAUAUGUAUUUGAUAGGGCUAUCAUCUAACGCGUGCCUCUAUUUAAGAAUUGUUACAAAUAAAACAACAAGGAAAUUAUAGGCAGGUACGCCUUACAUCUGCCGAAGGAAAUUUACUGGAGAGGAUUCUGAGGGAUAAGAUAUAUCUACAUUAGGUAGGCAUCAUAUGUGAUAGUCAGCAUGGUUUUGUGCGUGGAUGAUAUUAUUUCAGAAUUUAACUGAAUUUUUUGAAGAUGUGACCAAGAAGGUCGAUGAAGGCAGGGCCAUGAGCAUAGUCCAUAUGGACUUCAAGGCCUUUGAUAAGGUUUUGCUUGGCUUUUCUGAAAGGUUAGAUCGCAUGGGAUCCAGGGAGAGCUGGCUAAUUGGAAAUAGAAUUGACUUCAUGGCAGGAGACCGAGGGUGCUGGUGGAAGGUUGUAUUUCAGACUGGAGGCCCUUAACCAUUGGUGUGGCUCAGAGAUUGAUGGGUCCAUUGUUGUUUGUUGUCAUAUCAAUGAUUUGGAUGAGAAUGUACAAGGCAUUAUUAGUAAGUUUGCACUAAAAUAAGUGGUAUCAGCAAGUGAGGAUGGUUAUCACGAAUCACAGCAGAAUCUUGAUCAGCCGGGCAAGUGGGCCAAGGAAUGUCCUGAGCUGUUACAUUUUGGAAAGUCAAGCCAAGGAGGAGCUUCACAGUGAAUAGUAGGGCCCUGGGGAGUGUGGUGGAACAGAGUACAAGUACAUAGUUGUCAGAAAGUGGUGCCACAAGUAGAUGGUAGAAGGGAGUGAGACAAAAUAAAGGAAAUUAUAAACUGCUUAGUUUGCAUUCAGUGAUUGGUAACAUUUUAGAGUCCAUUAUUAUGGAUGGGGGUUUGGGGUACUUGGAAGCAUAUUAUAAAAUAGGCUGGAGUCAGCAUGGUUUUGGUAAGGGGAGAUCAUGCCUUACAAAAUCUGUUGGAAUUCUUCAAGGAACUAACAAACAGGAUAGACGAAGGAGAGUCAUCUAUGUUGUUUAUUUGGAAUUUCAGAGGGCUGAUUAAAUGCCACACAUGAGGUUGCUAAACAAGAUAGGAGCCCUUGGUAUUAGAGGCAAGGUGUUAGAAUGGAUAGAAGAUUGGCUGACUGGCAGAAGGCAAAGAUUGGGAAUAAAGGGGGGCAUUUCUAGUUGGCUGCUGAUGACUAGUGUUUUGCAGGGAGUCGGCCCAAAUGUUUUCAGGAUAUCUUCUUGCACAUAGUAACCAAGUCUUUAGUUAUGACAGGGCACCUAUAAUCAAACAUACACUGUUGUUAACUUCAUGGUGUUUUAAUUUAAUUUUGAGGUUGGUGAAGGUACUCUGUAUCAAUAAUAACAAUUACAUUCUCACUGCAAGUUUAAGCAUUGUGGUUUAAUCACUGCAUGUUUAUCCAGAAACAAGCAACAGGUAAUUACCAGUAAAUAGUAUGGCCAGUGUAAAUUACAGACAAAAAUAAAACACUGCUACAAAUUUUACCUUUUAAAGAACAUAGCAUGAAUUUCACUAGUCUGAUGUCUCCAACCUAUGCACAUUGAUUACAUUGGCUUGGUAAUGUGUGGUGUUACCACCAUUAAAAAAAAAAGAAA